GUACCCCAGGCCAGCAGGCAGAAUGCUGCGGAAGGCGCUGGGCCGCAUGCCGGUACUACUGGGUGGCGUGCGGCCUUGGGAACACGGCCUGAGGAGACUGUGGGUCCGCCCGGCUCACCCAGAGGCCGCGGGGAGACCGAGGGCCUGGGCCUGGGGUCACGGUUGGCGGCCCUUAAGCUCCGGGCCAGAGCCCGCGGCAGGGCUGGGGCGUUUAGAGGCGGCGCACUACCAGCUCGUCUACACCUGCAAGGUCUGUGGUACUCGGUCCUCCAAGCGCAUCUCGAAGCUGGCCUAUCACCAGGGUGUGGUCAUUGUGACCUGCCCAGGCUGCCAGAACCACCACAUCAUCGCUGACAACCUGGGCUGGUUCUCCGACCUGCACGGGAAGAGGAACAUUGAAGAGAUCCUGGCAGCCCGAGGGGAGGAAGUGCACCGAGUGGCCCGCGAGGGGACCCUGGAGCUGAUUGUGGAGACUGCAGGGGCUCCCGAGUCCCCUGUGGGCCCAGAAGAGGGCGACAGUGAGGAUCCCACACAUGCUGGUGGGACGGAGAGGAACUGAUUCCUGCCUUUGUCACAGACGCUUGCUCCUCCCAGCCUCUUGGAUGUGGCCUCUCCUGCUAGUAAAGCUCGCCUCUG